AUGUUCCGUUUCAGGAGAUACCGCGUCUUCGUCGUGUGCGCCUUUGUCGUCACCUUCUUGCUAUACCACGUCGCCCAAAACUCGCAGUGGGAGCGCCCGCAACCUGUUCCCUUCGACCAAGGAGACCCGAACAACCAGCCCAAGCCCAAGCCCAAGCCCAAGCAUGGCCACACAAAUGAAGCACACGAGCCCCAAAGCCCGGUUGCUGGGCACGGUGGCACGGUCGCUCAGCCCACGCCGAAAAAAGAGCAGACGAUCAAGAUUCCCCAGUUAAAAACGAGCAACGAGAUCAAGGGAGGCUACGGACUGCCAACAUCCGCACCCACAGGUCUCAAUGCGGCUCAGCACGCCACAUCUACAGACGCCGCUGCUGGAACAGCAACGACGGCUACCGCCCAACUGCCGGACGGAAAGCUGGAAAAGUCGCAUGACACGUACAACAAAGGAGACACAAAAGUUCACGAGGACGACGUGGUGCCCGCGUCCAGUACGACGAUUCACUGGCAGAAGCCGACUGAGUGGUUCCCCGUGUCGGAACUCAUCUUGCUCCCCACCGGGAGCCCCAAGGCCAUCCACUCUGUGCAGUUUGCCUUCACGAAAGAACUGCCUGCCGCCAGAGAAAAGCGCGAGUUACGCCUGGCAAAGGUCAAGUCCGAGGCAACACGUGCCUGGUCCGGCUACAAGAAGUUCGCCUGGACUCACGACGAGCUCAUGCCUGUUAGCAAGGGGGCGAAAGAUCCAUUUUGCGGCUGGGCCGCCACCCUCGUGGACUCUUUGGAUACGCUUUGGAUCAUGGGCUUAAAGGAUGAGUUCGACGCGGCUGUUGAGGCUGUCAAGGCCAUUGACUUUACCACUUCCCCUCGAGAUGAUAUCCCCGUUUUCGAAACCGUCAUUCGCUAUCUCGGCGGCCUGCUUGGUGCCUACGACGUGAGUGGUGGCCGUAAAGGCGGGUAUAAUGUGCUAUUGGACAAGGCCGUCGAGCUUGCCGAAAUCCUCAUGGGCGUCUUUGACACGCCAAACCGCAUGCCAAUCCUGUACUACCAUUGGAGCCCUGCCUAUCACACAAGCCCUAAGCGCGCACCCACCCAUUCCGGCGUAGCUGAGAUGGGUUCUCUGUGCAUGGAGUUCACCCGUCUGGCCCAGCUGACCGGCGAAAGCAAAUAUUAUGACGCCGUUGCACGCAUCACAAAUGCCCUAGACGAAUUACAGAACCGAGAAGGCGCGACGGCCCUCCCGGGUAUAUUCCCGGAGAACCUUGACGCGUCUGGUUGCAAUAAGACCGCCACAGCCAUGUUAACGCUGGACACAAGCAGCACAGCUGCUCAGAAGCAAGCGGACAGUGCGAGCGAUCUAUUAGAUCCCCCAACGGGAUAUAAGCCGUCGUCUGCACGCACUAACACGUCCGGUACUAGCUCUGGCAUGGAUAUUGCCGCCGACCUCGAAUUUCAGGUCUCGCCAGGCAGCCAAGCUGAUGGCUCUGCGAUUCCUGUGGCCCACGAACUUGGAAAGAGGGCCGGAGAUGGCGUGAGUGGGAAUUUGGAACGGAAUGCUGCCCAACAAGCCUUACAAAAGCAACACGAAAAACUACGAGAGAAUCCAGCACCAAUCUCCGCCCAGGGUCUGCCAGUGGACUGGGAGUGUGUACCACAGAACCUGACUGCGGCGGGCAAUGGUUGGGAAUCUUACAGCAUGGGCGGCAGCCAAGACUCUACUUACGAAUAUUUUCCGAAACAGUACGUCCUCUUGGGCGGCCUAGAGCCCAAGUAUCAGGCAAUGUACAAAAAGAACGUCGAUGCGGUGAAGAAAUAUCUCCUCUUCCGCCCCAUGGCCGAAGGCGACCCCGAUGUCCUUUUUGCUGCGAAGGCAUUCUCUUCAGACGGGACUGACAAAAAAUUGACUUUCGAGUACGAGGUUACCCACCUAUCCUGCUUCCUCGGGGGUAUGUUUGGUCUUGGGGGCAAGAUUUUCGGGAAUCCUGAGGAUAUCGAGAUUGGCAAAAAACUCGCGGCCGGCUGCGUCUGGGCAUACGAUAGCAUGCCCACAGGCGUAAUGCCGGAGUACUCGAUGGUUCUGCCCUGCGCAGACAUUAAGGACUGCCACUGGAACAAAACGACAUGGUAUACGCACCUUGACAGCCAGUCAGAGUAUCGAACCGAGCAGAUGUCAGUGUACUUGGAACAGAAGAGUGAGUGGGAAAAAAAGGUGCAAGAUAUCAAGACCCAAGAUGCUGCCCGACAAGCCUCGGAUAAACAGGAGGCUGCCCGUCUAGCCGCAGAAAAACAGGAGCGACAGCAGGAAGCCAAGAGAAAGGCGUCGGACGAAGCCGAAGGCGAAGGCGCCGGCACUGGUCUGAAGGGGGGGGAUGGCCCGUCGACGCCAGCGCACAAGCGAGAUUUGUCAACGGAGAGCAAGGUUGACGACAUUUCCAACAUUUCAGAAGGAGCCGCCACGAAAAAAACCAAUGCAGCCCAACAGCCAUUAUCUGACAGUGGCAGUGAGGAUGACCAAAAGCCCGUCAUAGACCUCAACCUUCCGCAAGAGCCUGUCAAACCACAGACGCACGAAGAAUAUGUCGCUGAGCUGAUCGAGGCCCACCACUUGCCGCCAGGGUUUAUUGCCCUGAAGGACGAGCGGUAUAUUCUCCGGCCCGAAGCCAUUGAGUCGGUCUGGUACAUGUACCGCAUCACUGGCGAUCCGUCUUGGCAAGAGAUAGGCUGGCGCAUGUUUGAGGCCAUCAUCAAGCUCACGCAGACCGACGUGGGCCACAGUGCCGUCAAUGGUGUGGCAUCUACGGAGGCGGCGGCCGCCAAGGCCGAUAGCAUGGAGAGCUUCUGGCUAGCCGAGACACUCAAGUAUUUCUACUUGCUCUUUGCAACUCCCGACACCAUCUCUCUUGAUGAAUGGGUUCUCAACACAGAAGCGCAUCCCUUCAAGCGGCCAUCCUAA